UUACUGUUGUGUUAUGGAAAAUGCUGUGUUGUUACUGUUGGUACGGCACCAGGACUGACGAUUACAGCUGAGUGGCUGUGAGGGUCAGGCGGAGUUAACGUGUGUGUGCGCGCACGAGAUUGAGAAAGAAAGAGUGCAUUCGCUGCAGUGAGUCUCGUAAUGUAACGAGGAAAGUACGGAGAAGAGCAACGGUCGAUAGUUGAGAUCGGCCUCGUCACAGAAGAACCACACUAGAACCGGACAGAAAAAACAACUGAAAACCUGUCAGACCAUUGGAGAAGUGAACUCAAACGAGCCUGAGAGAAAACGGAACCUUUGUUUUCAGAAGCAGCAGGGAGCCGAACCGGAGGAAAGAUGAUGAGUUUUCUGCCAUACUUCUCCGCUGAGACAUGGACCCUCCUGGCCCUCCUCAUCACCCUAAUAGUAGUGUACGGGUACUGGCCCUAUGGUGUUUUCACUAAGAUGGGUAUCCCUGGUCCCAAACCCCUACUUUACUUUGGCACAAUGAUGGAGUAUAAAAAGGGUUUCACUAACUUUGACACAGAGUGCUUUCAGAAGCAUGGGAGAAUCUGGGGGAUCUAUGAUGGGAGGCAGCCUGUUUUGUGUAUCAUGGACAAAAGCAUGAUCAAGACCAUCCUGAUUAAAGAGUGUUACAACAUUUUCAUCAACCGCAGGGACUUCCGUCUGAAUGGACUUCCAUCUGAACGGUGAGAUGUUUGAUGCGCUGUCCGUCGCCGAGGACGAUACAUGGAGA